AUGUUGCGGGCCCGAGAGCCUCUACGAAGGUUGGGCUUGCCGAAGAUUCUCCGAGGAUUUGCGACCAGCUCCUCCCGCGACUUCUAUGAUGUUCUCGGAGUCUCACCAACGGCCACUCAGCGCGAGAUUAAGAACGCCUAUUACACGCUGUCCAAAAAGUAUCACCCCGAUGUCGCUGGAUCAUCCAGUGAGACCAAAUUCAUCGAGGUUAGCGAGGCCUACGAGGUGCUAAAGGAUCCGACUAAGAGAAGGACCUACGACAAUAUGCGUGGCGGUGCUAGAGGCCCACGUUACACGGGUGAUCAUGGAUAUCAGGGUGAUCCUUUCCAGGAGUUUUACAAACGGGCAACGGCUUCGCAGUGGCAGUACACUUCACAAGGUGCACGAGGCGGCAGGCGACACACUCAGGCUGAAUAUGAACGCAUUUGGGAAGAGCUUCGUAAAAAGUCUCAGCAGAACAACACGAGCUUCGAGCAAAAUAUAUGGGAGGAAUUGGCUAGGCGACGCGCGCAACGUUGGGGUGAAUUUGGAAAGAAGUACCCGAAUGGUCCGCCCGGAGACGGCGAUUUCAAGUUUCAAUGGCAGUUCAAUUGGGGCAACAACCAAACGCCACAGGAAAAAGAGGCCAUCCGGCGUGCAUUUAUUCGAAAGAUGCUGAUUACAUACGCCGUCGUGUUCGGAGUUGUUGCACUUGUGCAGACGAUCUUCCAUUCUGGACGAGAAGGAAGGCCCGAUCAUCGUCAGCACGCAGAUCAGAGUGCCCAGGGCCAAGAUGGAAUGCUGGACGCCGGACUCCUCCUCGACAAGGUCUUCCGGCCCCGA